UAGAAACUGUUAACCUAUCACAACUCUAAUAUUAAUGAAUAAAACAGAUUUGGUUCAUACCAGGUUUCAUUCAUAUUCAGGGAAAGAGAGAAGGGGAAAGAAAGACACAGAGUAAGCAAUGAAUUUUGCAAAUCCCAAAUUGUUUCUUCCAAUCUUUCUCUUCUUCUGCGCCAUUUCUCCCUUUCCCGCUUUAGGGCAACAAACGGAUUGGGACAGCGAAGAACCUCAACAUAGAAACCGAAUUGGGCGCAGAGUUCUUUUGAGUUUCAAAGAAAAGCCCUCAGGAACUAAUGUUACCUUUGAAUGUGCUCCUUCGGGCCCCUGUGUCCCCUGCCUCUACUCUGAGAAGGGUGACAGCAAAUAUCGCUGCAGUGAGACUGGCUACAGAAUCCCAUUCAAAUGUGUAGAAAUCAAAGAUUCAACAAAGGAUGCAAAGAAAACAAAGUCUCGAAAAGGUCGAUCUUCUUUAGAAAUUGGUGAUGGUACUGCAGAAUCUCAGAAAGUGUCAUAUGUUACUAGAGAGUAUACUCAUUCACAAUCAGAUAGAAGAUUAGCAGAAGACUCAUCGUCUUCAGAUAAUAGUUCCCAGGCUUACAUCACUUAUAGAAGCUGUAUAACCCCAGUUAAUGAAGAGAAGUUGUCAGUGCUUAAUUUUGAGGGGGUGGUAAUAUUUUUGUUACUAAUCAGUGGCUCAAUCAUAUACCUAAGAAAAAGGAAAGCAGCAUCCAUGUCUGGUUAUGUGGCUGGAAGAGGUCAAAACAACUCUCGAUUUUGAAAAUGAAGACUAAUGAAUGGUGACAUAUUGAUUGUAAUUGUAAUGAUUUAAUGUAGUGUAGUUUUACUUGUCUUCUGUUUCUUUGAACUUAUCAACUCAUGGAUGGACCACGCUAUUAUUCAUUGCAUUUUGAGGCUAAUUUAUUGGAACAGAGUAUUUUUAGGAUAUUUUUCCACACUGGUCA